UCAUGGCUACACGCAGGACAAAAACAUAACACUCACACCUGGCGCACUUUAGCAACUGCGUCCCUGCUAUAAAUAAGCUUUUUCCCCUUUCCCGUUUCCCUCCACCAUCCCUUCCUCCAUCUUCAAGUCUCUAUCUCAGAUAACACGCACACACACACACACAUACAAACUCACAUACACAGAGCGAAAAUUCAUGAGAUUUUGAGAGUUUUUUGUGAAGAGAAGGAAUGGCGAAUGUGUACGGAAGUUGAACAAUGGCGGCGGUUUCACCUUCUCUACAGGCCAGUUUCAAUGCCUCUUCUUCUAAGCUUUGCUUUGUGAGGCUUGAUAGGUUUAAUCGAAGGUCUUUCCAUUGCAAAAAGAAGAGUGAUUCAUGUUCAUGGAUAAUCAAAUCGGUAAUUAACAACAAAAGUAUUAAUGGUGAUGAGGCAAUAGAACCUGCAAGAAUUCUUCUAGAAAGACUAUUUGUUCAAACCCAAAAACUCGAAGAAAAAAUAAAUAAAAAUUCAAAUCCACCUCAAGAUAUCGAAUUAGAACACUACCUUGGAAAACUCGAAUCCGAUCUUCAAACAGCCUUGACUGUUUUAAGAAAAAAAGAAGAAGAUUUAGAAGCUGCAGAAAACAAAAUAUCAUUAGAAUAUCGCGAUUUGAAUAACGCGAAAAAUGAGUUGAAUAAACGAGAAGAAAAUAUAUCGGAUGCUUUUUUGAGACAAGAAAAACUCGAAAAUGAGUUGAAUUUAGCGAAUCUUGAUUUGGCUUCUCGAGCGACCGAAAUCGAAGAUUUAAAGCUUCAAAUUGAAAAACGUGAUCACGAAGUGAUGUUGGCUAGAUCGAUGCUUGAAUUAAAAGAAGAUGAAAUUAAAGUCAUGGUUGAUGAAUUGAGGGUAAAAUCGGAAGAAUCCGCGAAUUUUGAAUUGGAGAUUAUGGAAAAAUCGAGGGUUUUGAUCGAAACGAAUGAGAUUUUGAAAAAACAAGAGGUCGAGAUUGAAGAAUUGAAAGAAACGAUACGUGAGAAGAACGAAGAACUUGAGAUUUCCACGAUGCUUCUCGAAUCCGAAAACGAGAAAUUAAAAGUUGUGGAGGAAAAUUUGGAGAAGCAAACGAUGGAUUGGCUUGUAGCGAAUGAAGAAAUGACGGAAUUACCCUCGACGGUUGAAUAUUUUGACGAUUUAACGAGAGUGAGAAUGCUACUUUCCGAUGUUCGAUCGGAAUUGGUAUCGUCGCGGGAAUCGUUGAUUCUAUCCCGGAAAAAGAUGGAAGACCAACAAGCGGUGCUCGAACAUGAGAUUUUGGAACUCGAGGAACAUCGGAAAAGCUUGAGUGAUUACACGAGAAGUGUUAAAGAUGCCGAGACGGAAGUCGAAAAGGAACGAGUUAUGUUUCGGCUCGCCGAGGGUCGGAAUCAGGAAUUCCAACGUGAUUUGUUAAUCGAGAAAGAGCUAAUCGACGAGUUACAAAAUCAGUUAAAUUCCGAAAAAGAUUCGUUACGAAAAGCAAACGAAGAAAUCUUGGAAAUUAAAGACGAAUUAAAUCGGAGAAAUUUGGAAUUUUCGGAAAUCCAAAAUCGUCUCGAGUCAAAAGAAGCCGAACUCGUGGACGCGAAAAUAGAGAUUCAAAGUUUGAAAUCCGAGCGGGUUUGUCUCGAGGUUAUGUUAAACGAGAAGGAAUCGGAACUAUCCGAUGCUCGUGAAAUCCUCGAUGAAGUGAAUCGGGAAAUCAUGAAUUUAAAAAUGCUUUUGGGACGUAAAAUCGAGACCGGAAUUGACUAUUCCGAAGCAAAAAACGUCAUGGAACGGAUAUUCGAGCUUACAAACAAAGUCGAUGAUUCCAUCGUGAAACCGGAAUCCAAAUGGGAAAAGAAACGUGUCGAGACGGAAUUAGAUGUGAUCCGUGGCACAUUACGGUUACGGGAAUUUGAAGUUUUGCGGUCUCGAAGAGAGAUCAUGAUUAAAGAAGACAAGGUUAAAUCGGUUUUGGAAAAGUUAGAUGAACGAGAGAAUGAGAUGGCGGAAAUGAAGUGGGAAUUGAGUCAAGAUGUUGAUGAAUUAAGGCGGCUUUAUGCGAUGGCGCAAGAGAGAAUUGGCGAGAGAACGAUGGGGGAAUUGGCGAUUGAAAAGAUGGAAUUGGAAGCCGCGGAAAUUGAAAUUGAGGCGGCGGUGAGUGCGCUUGAGAAGAUAAUGGAGAUGAGUCGAGAGCUUUUACGAGCAACGAGUGUAAUUGUCGAUGCCGAUUCCGAUGUUGAUGUUUCGAUGGGAAUUGAGAGGUGUGGUUUUGAAGAUCCGGGAUUUGAGGAACUUAGAAUGGAAGCCGCGAGGCUUUCGGAUUUUACCGAAAAGCUUGUUCGAGAGGCGGGAAUUGGAAAAGAUUUGGCGGUUGUAGAUAAAUAACAAAAUGUUUGUUAUUUGUAUUCGCGAUUUGUUAUGUGUUAUUGAAACGAAUGGAAGUGAUAUGCCAUCGUCCAUUGACAAAGAUGUUAAUGGACCUAAUUGUCAUGAUAAUAACAUUGUUUUUUUAUAA